AUGCAAGUGAUAUUCUUGUUUUUGUUCUUUCUGAUUAUAGGUUACUACCUAGCCUUCAUGCAUAAUAAGCCUAACACUAAUCAUCCAGAUGACCAAGAUAUCAGAAAGAAAUACAAAUUUGAUGUCAAGCCUAACCAAGAGAAGCCAGUGAAAAUCUAAAAGCUUGUAAUUUAUCCUUGCAGAGGACUUUAGCCUGUAGAGGUUGAUCAUAUCAAAGUUUCAAAGCUAGGAAUUAAGUAUGAUAGAGAAUGGAGCGUCUAUUACAGAAAUGAGAAACAGUCAGCAAUUACUCUAGGCCCAGAAAUCAAAUUUAGCUUGCUAAAACAAAGUAUUGAGAAAGAUCUUAAAACGAAACAGAAAUAUCUUGUGAUUACCUGUGUUGAUGCUUAAGAGGCUGCUAAAUUACCUACUAAAGAACUUAGAAUCCCAAUUAGAAAGAGGCUAGAAGGUGAAGUUAUUACUACUGCCAAAGGCCAAUAAGGUAUGUCAGAGGGAGUAGAAGCUGAUGCAUGGUUCUCUAAGUUUUUGGAAAAAGAAGUAUUCUUACUUAGAUCAGCACCAAACUAUGUCAAGAAUGUUCCAGGCGGAAAAGUUCUUCCACAAACACUUGAAGGAGAUUAGACAAGAGGAUUUGUUUCAAAGGCUGCUAUUCAUAUUGUUAAUGAAGCUUCAGUUAGAGACUUAAGAUAAAAGGUAUUAAAGAAAAUGACUCUUGAAGAUUAGGCCAAGACCAAGAUUGAAGCAAUUCCAUUCAGGCCAAAUGUUAUCAUAGAUUCAGGUGUAGCUUUCUCAGAAGAUGCUAUGCAAGAAGCAAGAAUUGGAAAUGUAUUGAUGAGAUUAGUUGGAUAUUGCUCUAGAUGCAAAGUAGUUUCAUGCAAUUAUGAUACCUAUGAUAGAAAUCCAAAUCUUGAACCAACAGAGACCCUAGCUGAGUACAGGAAAAAUGAGUACGGUACAUUAUUUGGAACUUAUCAUCAAGUUGAAAUUAUUGGCUCUUAUCAGUAAUUCAGAAGACUAUUGCCAGAAUUUGCAGUCCCAAAAAAUAGAAAACUAGAUUCAGACUAUGGAGUCAUUUGUGUUGGGGAUGAAAUCAGAGUGAGAGUUGCUGAACAAAGAAUUAACUUUGAUAAGAAGUGA